UAGUACAACAUUUGGAAGUCUUAUUGUUAAUGGUAGUAGUGAAUUUUCAGAAGCAAACACUUACCAUCAACGACAUUUGGAGCAGCAACCAUUAUCAGUGUUACAACGACGUGCUCGGGCGAUUUGCUGUUGAAGUGAUUCUGCCUGGCAACCUUUGAAUUGCAGUCUUAGAUGGAAUAGAAGCGACACAGCCACAACCCAAACGGCCCUCUUUAGGGCCACAAAUCUAAUGAGUGAAACGAGACAUUGGCUUUUAGUUUUUUUGAUAAAUUUUUGUUUAUUUGUCUCAUUUUU